AUGGCUGCUGCCAUGUGCGCACAUGAGAGCUAUUUUAUUUCGGUGUGCUGCUUCCUCAUUUUCAAUAUUGGCGACUGGCUCGGCCGGACCAUCACCACAAAGAUACGCUGGCCCUCUAAAGAGUCCCGUCUCUUCCCGGUGCUGGUGAUCUCCAGAGUCGUGUUCAUCCCUCUGCUGAUGUUCUGUAAUGUCCAGAGCCGCAACUACCUUCCUGUUUUGUUUGAACACGACGCAGCAUUUUCUGUCAUCAUGGUUUUCUUCUCUCUGUCCAGCGGCUACUUCGUCUGCCUGUCCAUGUCCUACGCGCCACAGUUGGUGGAGCCUAAAGACGCAGAGACUGCAGGAGCCCUCAUGACCUUCUUCUUGGCUCUGGGUCUGUCCAUAGGAGCCGCCCUGUCCUUCCCCCUGCGGAAGUUGAUCUAGUUAAACACACACGAAGAGGAAAACGAAAGCCCCCGUCUGACCGACCUUUCUGCUUUUUCUUUUUCUUUUCUUUUUCCUGUUUCCUGCUUGCCUGGAAAUGUGCGCCACAGUGAGACUGGAACAGUCAUGGCUGAAGAACUGCUACUGCUUGGGAAUUGUUAGCUUCACUUCGAAAAGAGAAAGGGAAAUGCUUUGUGUUGCUGAAAAGAACUGCUGCUCAUGUUACCUGCUGCUAAUCUGAGAAACAGGUUAGAAACAUUUCCAACGUGGGAAGUCUUUUUU